UUUGAAUUCUACGGUUAACCGAAGCACUGGGAAAACGCCAUUUCAGUUGCUUGUUGGAGUAGAUAUGCGGCUCAAAGAAGAUGUUCAAAUUAGGGAGUUAAUUGAAGCAGAGUGGAUGACGCAAUUUGAAGAAAACCGAUGUGCGUUACGUGAGGAGGCAGCAAAGGCGAUAACCGAAGCCCAAGAAAGAAACAGAAGAAACUAUAACAAAGGAAGAAAGGAUGCCAAGCAGUAUGAGAGUGGCGAUUUAGUGGCCAUAAAAAGGACGCAGUUUGGAGCGGGUCUAAAACUGAAAGGUAAAUUUUUGGGUCCGUAUCGCGUAGUGCGGGCGUUGCGGAAUGACCGCUACACGGUUCAAAAGGUUGGGGAGCAUGAGGGCCCAAAUCAAACGUCAACGACUGCCGAUUUUAUGAAGCUUUGGACUGCCAACGACGAGGAUGAAGAUUCAAACAGCAGCGAGGUAGAAGAAGACAUCUGAGGGCAGAUGUCCUUGCAGGAUGGCCGAGUGUAAUAUCAAAAAUAAAAAGAAUAUACGCCAAAAGCGUAGGCCAUCAGGUAGUAUUUAAGUCUAGCUGUAAGAUACGAUAUCUGGAGUGUAUGAGUGCAAGAGAGAAAGAAUGAGAACGAGAGUAUGUACUAAGGUACGUAGGUAUGAUUUUUGAGAGAUGUCAGAGUAAGUACGAAGAGUGGGAAAAGGGGAUGAGUGCUGAGGGUCAGUUGACCUGUGUGUAAAAGUUAGUUCUAUACGAGCAUUUGACAAAGACGUGCCAUUUUUCUUGUAAGACAUUGUUCUAAAUAAACUUACAAUCAUUUUAGAUUCGACUAGUCAUCACUUCUAGAAAUAAGAACCUUAUCCCUAGUUAUCCAUCUA